UUCAACACUCAUAUUUUGAUAUCACAUGUGCGAGUUUUAUAAAUAAAAAUACAAAUCUAUAUUUUGCAAAUAAUGAAUUAAUCAAGCAUAAGAACUGGAUCAUGGAUUUUAUAGUAGACACAGUUGGGGACAAUGACCUCCAGGUGAAAACGGAAUUACUAGAAAAAGAUGAAAAACUUUUUAUUGACAAAGAAAAGAAAACAGAAUCGAUAUUAGAAUUAUUCGAAACGAAGAAACAAGAAUUAGACAACCAAGAAGCAGCAGAAGAUGAAUUACGGAAUAAAUUAAACGGUUUGAAGAUAGACAACCUUUUUGAUGGGUUCUUUGAUGAGAUGGGUUGGAUGGCGCCUAUUAUCAAGAAUGGCAAGAGGAAGAGGUUGUUUCAUUUCGAUCAACUAGAUAUAGAAACAGGGAAGUUAAAAUCGAAUCUUGGUUCAGUAGAUGUUGAGAAGGAAAUGCAGAAGUCUGUUCUGACACCAGGUAUUGAAAAAGAACAUGGACUACCUAGCUAUAAUGUUAGUGAGAGAAAACUUAAAGCAAUACGUAAGAGAGAACGAGAGAAAACCAAAGGACCCAAUUGGUUCAACAUGCCAGUUCCAGAAAUGACGGAGGAGCUCAAAAAUGACCUGCAGGUCCUAAAAAUGAGAUCCGCAAUGGAUCCCAAACAUUUCUACAAAAAGAAUGACAUGGAAGUUUUGCCUAAGUACUUCCAGGUUGGUAAAAUAAUGGACUCUCCAUUGGAUCACAUAAAUGAAAGAUUGACAAGAAAAGAAAGAAAAAGGACAAUGGUCGAGGAGCUAUUAGCAGAUGCAGAGUUUCAGAAGUACAAUAAGAAGAAAUACAAAGAAAUUAUAGACGAAAAGAGAAGGUCAGAGUACAAAACUUUCAUGAAGGAUAAGAGACAGAAGAAUAAAGCUGUGUUAAAAAGUAAUAAGGUGAAAACUAAAAAGGCAAAAUAAAUAAUUUAAAGUA